GGUGUUCUCCUGUGCCCUGGGUGUUUGUGUCCCAAAACACCCUCAGUGGAACACUGAGGCAGUGUCCCAGUCCCCCCAGCGAGGGGUCACUCCUGGCUGUGUGUGUGUGUGGCUGUGGGACCAUGUCUCACGUCCACUACAGGUUCUCCUCCCUGCUGAGCUCUGACGUGGUCACCUUCCCCGGCCCCAGCAUCGCCCUGGGCGAGCUCAAGCACCGCAUCAUGGCCUGCAAGAAGCUGAAGGAGGCGAACAGCGACCUGCAGAUCCUCAAUGCCCAGACCAAUGAAGAAUACACUGAUGCCAAUGCCCUGAUCCUGAAGAAUUCCUCAGUGAUAGUGAGGAGAGUCCCUGCUGGAGCAGGUACAGCUGCCAGCAGAGCAGAAGCUAAAUGUCAAAGAUAUCCAGUGAAGGGAACACCAAAAGCAAUUGCUGACCCUUCUGUACCUCUUCCUCUGGCCCAGCUCAUUGAGAGCCCCAGCCUGGCUGAGACCAACGUUUCUGAAGAGGAGAAGAUCAAAGUCAUGAUGAUGCAGUCCUGCUCUUACUACGACCCCAGCAAUUACCUGAAGGUGCCCUUGGGUCCACUCCCACCAACCAAUACUUGCUUCAAAUGCGGACAACAAGGUCACUGUAAGAAGAAGUGCCCAAACACAGGGCAGAACAAAAACAUUGAGGAUGUUCCCAGGAUUAAAAGGAGCUCAGGGAUUCCAGCGAGUUUCAUGGUGGAGGUGAAGGACCCCAAUGCAAAGGGAAUAAUGAUAACCCCCAAGGGAAAAUAUGCUAUUCCAAUCAUUAAUGUGGAAGCUUAUGCCAGAGAAAAGAAGGAAAAGCCUCCCCUUUUACAAGAGGAACCAGCCUCUUCCUCCUCCUCCUCCUCCUCCUCCUCCUCCCCAGCUCCCAUUCCAGAUAAGCUGUCAUGUGUCAUUUGUAGAGAGAUAAUGACUGAUGCAGCUGUAAUUCCCUGCUCUGGAAGAAGUUACUGUGAUAAUUGUAUUAGAACAGCAUUGCUGGAAUCAGAGGGAUACACCUCCCCAACAUGCCAUCAGACAGGUGUUUCUGCUGAUUCUUUAAAUGCCAGCCAGCUCCUAGGCCAGGCUGGGAAUGACUUCCAAAGUGGCAAACCGACCUGGGAACUAAAACUCCAUUCAAGGCCAAGGUCUCCAGGUGUGAGAGGUGAGCCUGUGAAAGCAGAUUCUGUGAUUUUCAAACCCAAAGCAAGAAAUGGUAAGAGGAAGAGGAAAGCAAAAGUGACAGUACAAAGACAAUUCAAUCAAACCAGCUCGAGCUUCCCAAGACAAAGUGGACACCAACAUGGAAAACGUCCUCGACUGGAACCUCCUGUGAAGGAGGUGAAGAAGGAGUAGCCAACCUUAUGUUCUUAAUUCAUCUUCCUACUAUCCCUUGUAAAGCAUUUCUGAACAAUAAACAACAUAGUCUAGAA